AGGGGUCACGCGUUGUGGUGUCCGCUUCUGUGGUCGUCAUGGCUGCUUUUCUCGUGCUCAACACCGGCGCCAAGAUGCCCAUCGUGGGGCUGGGCACCUGGAAGUCCCCUCCGGGCAAAGUCGCCACGGCAGUGAAGGUGGCCAUCGAUUUGGGCUACCGGCACAUCGACUGCGCCCAUGUGUACCAGAAUGAGAGAGAGGUGGGGGAGGCCCUGCAGGAGAAGCUCCAGGCGGCCAAGGUGAAGCGCCAGGACCUCUUCAUCGUCAGCAAGCUCUGGUGUACCUACCACGACAAGAGCUUGGUGAGGGACGCCUGUAAGACGACCCUCAGUGACCUGAAGCUGGAGUACCUGGACCUGUACCUGAUCCACUGGCCCACCGGCUUCAAGGCGGGGAAAGAUCUUUUCCCAUUGGACGGCACAGGCAACGUGAUCCCCAGCGACACCGAUUUCGUGGACACGUGGACGGCCAUGGAGGCGCUGGUGGAUGAGGGGCUGGUGAGGGCAAUCGGGGUCUCCAACUUCAACCACUUCCAAAUCGAGAGACUCCUGGACAAGCCUGGCUUGAAACACAAGCCUGCGGUCAACCAGAUCGAGUGCCACCCGUACCUCACCCAGGAGAAGCUUGUCCAGUACUGCCGGACCAAGGGCAUCGUGGUGACUGCCUACAGCCCCCUGGGUUCCCCUGACCGGCCCUGGGCUAAGCCCGAGGACCCCUCCCUGCUGGAGGACCCCAGGAUCAAGGCGAUUGCAACCAAGCAUAAGAAGACCGCAGCGCAGGUUCUGAUCCGCUUCCUCAUGCAGAGGAACUUGGUCGUCAUCCCCAAGUCCGUGACCCCCGAGCGCAUUGCCGAGAACUUCCAGGUGUUUGACUUCGAGCUGGACAACGGGGACAUGAGCACCUUACUCAGCUACAAUAGGGACUGGAGGGUCUGCGCCCUGCUGAGCGGGGCCCAGCACAAGGAUUACCCCUUCAACGCCGAGUUCUAAAUCCACGGAACCUGCUCUCCCGAGAUCCUGGACCCCUCCUGCUCCCCUGCGCGUGUCACCUGCCAGGAGACUUGCCACCUGGCCCGUCCAGUAUGGGCGGGCGGGGCCUGAAGAGUCGGGCCUAGAUCAGAUGCCGCCCCCAGUUUCCUGGGCCCUUCCUGGCAAGCUGCAAAAGCAACCCCCUCUCUGACCCCCAGAGGCCAAGUCUGUGGUCAGCAUUGUGCCAUUCACAAUGGAAACCCUUUCAGCCACCAUCCUCCCGCUGUGAAUAAAGAGGGCUUCUGUGAA